GGUGCCGUUAGGCGUCCUUUCUCUGAUUGGUUUUUUGCAUUCGAGCGCCGCCCCUCGCUAACUACUAGCGCAUUGGUUCUUACGCGACGCUGAUUCGCUAUCGGUUUUCAACCUCCCGGCCAAUGAGGGAAUCCUGUUAGGAUGGCUCUGGACGAAUCAGGAUCGAAGAUAGUGGAGCAAGAAGGGAUUGGCCAGAGCAAGCCGACCAUCCGGGCCUCCAGUAACAGCACUCGCUGUCUUUCCGUGAUCCCCACGGACAGUGACCUGAGUAACCUCUCCAGCUCGAAGAGUCCUCGCGCGGGAAGGGAAGAACCGGAAGAUGUGGGUCCUGCUGACACCACCCGACUGGCACAGCCUGGCAGCCGGUUCCUCAAGCAGAAGCCACAGAAUGUGGAGGUGGACAUCCAGCAAGCGGGGCUCGGUCCCGUCACGAGGGUGGGACUGGGUGCUGACUCCAAGGGGAGAUCAAAUGCCAUCCUCAAAAAGUUGGCACAAAUAGAGAGCAAGAUCCAGAGCCGGAAGACUAAACAAAGCAUAGAGCAGAUACCUGUGAUGGAUGUUGAACUCUCAUUGAGUGAAUCUAGUAAGGAUUUUGAAUUGAGGACAGGCGGUCUGAAAUUCCUGAAGAAGCCAGCUAGAUUGAAGGAGAGUGUCAAAGCUCAAACGAAAAAUGUGACUCUUGCAAACACAACUGGGGAUAGUGAGGAAGAUGCAGAUAGAUACAGACAAGAGGUUCCCCAAAAACCCAAAGGACAGGAAGAUAAAUUCAAAUUCCAACCCAACGGAAAGUUGCCACCAGAGACGUCUUCCAAUUUAAGAUCUCUGCCUGAAGAAAGUCAAGUGAACAGACCUCUAUAUCUUUCUCUCUACUCACCAAACAGGGAUACAAGAGCAAGCCAUAUAGCUUCUUGUUCCUCCUCUCCAUCUAUGAAAGAUAGUCCAGCAGAUACCUUAUCCCAUAAUAGGAGCUCCAACUGCCAGAGGAAAUCUCUUUCUGAACGGAGUAUCAUCCGAUCCUUGGAUGAGUUGUUCUCAGAGGUGACUGAUAUACACAAUGAUAUUUCCAGCAACAGUGAUUUCAGAGUGAAUAUUUUGAGCCUGGAUGAACUGGAACCCUGCCAGAAAACAGAAUUAAAAGAAGAGGUAAUACAACCAGUUGAGAAGUCAAACAAGAAUUUAGGAGGAACAGUUCUGUCUCCUGCUAAUCCUCAAAGCCUCUUUAAAACCUCAGCUGUGUCCUUGGAGGAAGAGGAAAACCUGGAAGAAACUGAGAUAUCUGAGCAGCUAAGCAGCAGUUCUGUUGGAUAUUCCCCCUGCAAGGAGGAAAGCCUCAACAAUACCGAGUAUUCUGAAGAUUUUGAGCCGUCAUCAUUUUCUCCCACAUCUAAGGAAACAGGAGAAUCGUCUUCUGAAAAGUCAGAUGACCUUUUGGGUGCCACAGUUCAUUCCAUCCAAUCUAAUUUAUCUUCUCCCUGCUGCCUUUCUGUGGCACCCAAGUGCACCAAAGCCAUAAAAAAGGUAGAGGUGAAAGAAGCAGCUGUUCAGGCCGGUUCCUUCUCACUUGCUUAUCAUAGGUUACAAUAUGAUAUUCCUGCUGUUGUUGGCCAUGCAAUACAGCAAAGUUCUGCUGAAGCUCCGUGUAUUAGCAGCCAUAAAUUGAACAUGGAAGUCAUAGAAGCUCUGUCGGUGUACAAUCCAUCUAUUUCCGCUUUGAAUAAUAUGUUAAAGCAAAACUUGCUGCUUAUUCAGCAGUCCAUAGAGAUCAAUCGACAUCUUCAUGCCUCCUUUGUGGCAUCGCUGGAAGAGGAGGAAUACCGCUAUCACACCUUGGAAGAAGCCAAAAUGUAUAUUCAACAGCACAAGCCCCUGCCUUUGACCAUGGAACAAGCCUUGCAAGAACUAAAAGAAUAUGAACAAAUGGCUUCUUAAGCUCAUAAGUGCUUUUCAGGCCUGAUAGACAACCACAAAGAGGCUAAAGAAAUUAUUUCUUCAGUCAAGCACCAAGUCUUGGGAAUCACAACUUGAAAUAUGCAUUCAACUGGAUUUUUGAAGAGAAACCUCAACAGAGAUAAGGAAUGACUCCUCUUUACCACAUUUUGAUGUAAUUAUGCAAUGUACAAUUCAGUGCUGCAAAUUAAAGUCAAUCUCUAAACUUU